ACAGUGUUUUGAGGUAAAUGACUGUGAUGACAGUGCUAUUCUCAACUUCACACCGAACCUCCAACUGUUGUUAAUAAAUUCUUGCAGUUUUCCAGUAAAUUCAAGGAGCGAGUAUGGCCGGAGCUAUGAUGUUCGAGAGGACGGCCUCUGUGCCGGACGAUGGUAAAGCGGAGGAGCGUUUGGAAUGGUUGAACAAGAUCAAGAAGGGGGCGAACGUGGAGUACAACGAGGAGGAGAUCAAGAACCGCGAACAGGACAUCUUGAAUCUGGGUGAGCAGUACAAGAAGGAGGGCAAAGCCCGCGAAUUGGCGGAUCUCAUCAAGAUGACCAGACCCUUCCUGAGCUCCAUCAGCAAGGCCAAGGCUGCCAAACUGUUCAGAUCGCUGGUCGACUUCUUCCUCGAUCUGGAAGCUGGUAUAGGGAUUGAGGUGCAGCUCUGCAAGGAGUGUAUCGAAUGGGCCAAGGAGGAGCGCAGGACUUUCUUGAGGCAAUCUCUGGAAUCGCGUCUGAUCGCCCUCUACUUUGACACCGGCAUGUACACAGAUGCUCUGCAACUUGGAUCCACUUUGCUCAAAGAACUGAAGAAGUUAGAUGAUAAGAAUCUGCUUGUGGAAGUGCAGCUGUUGGAAAGCAAGACUUACCAUGCUCUGAGCAAUUUGCCUAAGGCCAGAGCCGCCUUGACCUCAGCUCGCACCACCGCCAACGCUAUCUACUGUCCACCCAAGGUGCAGGCCUCCUUGGAUCUGCAGUCCGGUAUCCUGCACGCCGCCGACGAGAAGGAUUUCAAGACCGCUUACUCGUACUUCUACGAAGCGUUCGAGGGCUUCGACAGCGUCGAAUCAUCGAAGGCCUUGACCGCUCUCAAAUACAUGCUGCUCUCGAAGAUCAUGUUGAACAACCCCGAAGACGUGCAGCAGAUCAUCAGCGGGAAGUUGGCGAUAAAGUACGCCGGUAGAGACAUCGAUGCCAUGAAGAGCGUAGCGCAGGCCUCGCACAAGAGAUCCCUAGCGGAUUUCCAAUUGGCCGUGAAGCAGUUCAAGCACGAACUCGAGGACGACGUCAUCGUCAGGGCUCACCUGGGUACAUUGUACGACAACAUGCUGGAGCAGAACCUCUGCAGAAUCAUCGAACCGUACUCGCGCGUCCAAGUCGAUUACGUUGCCAAGACGAUCAAAUUGCCAAUGCCGCAGGUCGAGAAGAAACUCUCGCAGAUGAUCCUCGAUGCCAAAUUCCACGGUAUCCUAGAUCAGGGUGAAGGUGUGCUGAUCGUGUUUGAAGAGACUCCAGUAGACAAAACGUACGAAAUGGCUUUAGAGACUAUCCAGAGUAUGAGCAAAGUAGUGGACACGCUUUAUCAAAAGGCGAAGAAGCUCUCAUAGGUCGCAGUCGUAGGCGUUCAAUUUUCCACCCUUCUCUCAUUGAUUGUCGUUUGAUUGAUUGAUUAUUAUAAUUAUAUAUUAUUUUUUUUUUGUAAUAAUGGAAAUUAAUUACUAACUUGAAAACGGUUAGGAAGUACUGUAAAUCUAUGCCGUUUUUGUUUAAUUUUAAUUAAAUUAAAGUAAAAAAAAAA